AUGUCGAGCCGAAAGGUCAACCCCGAAGACUCCAUGGCGUCUACCUGGCGCCAGGAUCAAUCCCAGUGGACAUUCUGGCACUGGAUGAUCGAAAUCCUGGGUCUGCACCUCAUCGAUCUCAACAAAGAGGUCCCCAUCUUCUCCAAGAAAGACAAAAUCCCCGCUAUGCGGGAGUGGACUCUCCAUCUCUGGAUCCUACUGCACGCCGCCAUCCCACUCGCCCUGCACCACAUCUAUACAGUCUAUACAGGCCACAACCUGAACCUCCUCGCCACCUUCGCACUAUACUCCACCGCAUUCAAGCUAAACGGGAUCCAUGAAAUGCACAUCAUGCGCCGACUAGGCCAAGUCCACGGCUUCCUAGACGGCGACAAGCACCCCCGAGACGACAUCCCAGAUAUCGGCGUGGGCAAGGUCCUCCGCGAACUCAUCUCCACCUCGGCAUUCCGGAUGGUCAUGGCCAUCUUCCUAACCUACCAACCUGACCAGACGCCAAGCACAAUGCAGUGGAAGUGGCUCCCGCUGGAGAUUGGCCUGUACAGCGUUACUGUUGAUUUCUGGUUCUACUGGUAUCACCGGCUGAUGCACUCGUCCGGGCCGUUGUGGAAGUAUCACCGCCGACACCAUCUCACCAAGCAUCCGAAUCCGUUGCUGUCGGCGUAUGCGGAUCAUGAGCAGGAGUUUAUGGACAUCACGGGAAUUCCGCUUCUGGCGUAUACGACGAUGAAGCUUGUUGGGUUGCCGAUGGGAUUUUAUGAGUGGUGGGUUUGUUUCCAGUAUAUUGCUUUUUCGGAGUUUAUUGGGCACAGUGGGUUGCGGAUCCAUGGGGGUGCUCCGUCGACGGUUAAUUGGCUGUUGGAGGUGUUUGAUGCAGAGUUGGUUAUUGAGGAUCAUGAUCUUCAUCAUCGGUAUGGGUGGAGGAAGAGCCAUAAUUAUGGGAAGCAGACUCGGUUGUGGGAUAGGAUUUUUGGGACUUGUCAUGAGCGGAUUGAGAGUGUGAAGGGGAAUGUGGAUUAUACGAAUCGGGUUACCAUGCCUCUUCUGUGA